AUGGGUGUUGAGCUGGUAUCAGGAGUUGAUCUUGUCACAAAGGAUGAUAAAGUCUUUAUGCAGACUACAAAAGGUCUGCAGCAAAUAGAUGUGAUUUACAGAAGGAUAGAUGAUACUUUUCUGGACCCGGUAGCUUUCAACCCGGCUUCCAUGUUGGGAGUGCCCGGCAUCUUCAAUGCUUAUAAAAAAGGAAAUAUAGCCAUGGCCAAUGCGCCGGGUACAGGAGUGGCCGAUGAUAAAGCCGUUUACGCAUAUGUGCCUAAGUUAAUCAAGUAUUUUUUAAAUGAAGAACCCAUAUUGGACAAUGUCCCUACGUAUCUGGCAAGAAACGAAGAAGACAGAAAGUACAUACUGGACAAUAUCGAAGAGCUCGUGGUCAAAGAAACCAACUCUGCUGGCGGAUAUGGUAUGAUGAUCGGCCCCAAAUCUACCAAAGAGGAGCAUGCCACAUUCAGAAAUCUGGUAAAAAACAAUCCUGACAACUAUAUUGCUCAGCCGACUUUGUCAUUGUCCACUGUUCCGAGCUGGAUUGAUGAUCAUUUGGAGCCCAGGCAUGUUGAUUUGAGGCCUUACAUAUUGUAUGGUGAGGAUAUUGAAGUUAUACCCGGGGCUCUGACCAGAGUGGCUCUUAAAAAAGGAUCACUUGUUGUGAAUAGCUCUCAGGGCGGAGGAAGCAAAGACACCUGGGUACUUUAUUAA